AUGAACCCCCCCGGUUCCACGCGGGCAUUCCGUAGGGCCCUGCCGCUGGCGGCACACUUGCAGCUCCGACACUUCCACCCAACCAAGCCAGCUCCAUGGAUCAACGAAGCACUCGACGCCUCCGCCGGACUCAUCCACGGUGUCCACAACCUCACCGGCCUGCCAUGGGUCGCCUCAAUUCCCCUCACAGCCCUCCUAGUCCGGACAGCUGUCGGGCUGCCAUUGCAGAUGUACACCAAAAUCCACGCGCGGCGCGAACGAGACAUUGCGCCCCUCAAGCAGGCCUGGGGGACCUGGGCCCUCAAGCUGAAGGAGGCUUAUGUGAAAGAAGGAAGAGACCCUAAGGCAGUACACAAGGAUAUAACAAGAGAAUUCAACGACAACAUAAAGAGUCUACACCACUCGUUCAAGAUAUCGUCGGUGUCCCGCUACGCGCCCUUCAUGCAACUGCCAGUCUGGAUCUCGCUCAUGGAGAGUAUCCGCGGGAUGUGCGGGAACAAAAGCGGUCUUGUGCCGUGGCUGCUAUCGCUGAUUGAGGGAAACCAAGAGGCUACCGAUGCCGCCGUCAACUCUCUUCAUCUAACCGUCGAACCGACCCUCGCGAACGAGGGUGCGCUCUGGUUCCCCGACCUUCUGGCCGGCGAUCCGACAGGCCUACUACCGGCACUACUCACAGCUUCAAUUCUCCUGAAUGUGCGAGCGGGUUGGAAACCCACACCGCGCGCUGACCUGGCGGACAUGCCGAAGAUGGAGAUGUACCGGGCCAUGACCUUCAAUGGUCUGCGCCUUUUUAUUCAGAUUCUGGCGCUGAACGUGGGGUUUUCAGGGUGGUUCUAUGAGAUGCCGGCCGCCCUUCUGAUCUACUGGAUCAGCAGCUCUAAUAUCGCCACGCUCCAGACGUAUAUCUUGGGAAAGAAGAUGUUUAUGAAGCCGCCGAUCCCAAUGUCCUCGAAGCGCUAUGUCGCAUUCGAGAAUCCCAGUGCUUCUGACCCCUUCGGUAUCAAACUCCGCUGA